UUGAAAUUUCGAGUCUUAAUUUAACCAAAUUGUACAUAUGAUACUAAUACUCACACUAAUUACUUGGGACGAGGAGACAAAUUUCUGAAGAACGCAAAUGGAGUACUCUUCUGCUGAAAUGAGUUGUGUUCUAAAAGUAAAUACACACUGUGAAGCAUGUAAAGUAAAGGUUAUGCAGGUCUUGCAAAGAAUUCGUGGGGUUUACAAUAUAAGUAUUGAUGGAGAAGAAGGGAUAGUGAAAGUUACUGGGAGAGUAAACCCAAAUACAUUAUUGAGUGUGCUUGAAAAAUAUGGAAAACAUGCAGAACUUAAGCAUGUAAAGUUUGAAGGUGAAGUUAUUGAAAGAAAUCCUAAUUCUUAUGGUGAAUAUGGAUAUAAUCCCUAUGAUGGCAUGGCAUAUUCUUCAUAUCCACCACCAAUGCCAUGUCAUCCAUAUCAAGGCUAUCAUGAUCCUUACUAUCCACAUUUUUCUCAACCACCUUAUCCGCCACCACCGGUACCGUACCAAUUUCCACCGCCUCCUCCGUCAGCAGGACCAUUUUGGGCACCGUCACAACCUCAACCGCCACCACCACCUCCCGUGUAUAGUUAUGGACCUCCUCCUCCGGUCACGAAUUUGCCACCUCAAAAUGUGCCCGCAGAAGAGACAUCAUCAAGACCAAACAGAUGUGCAAUGAUGUAGGAACUAUUGCAUAUCUUGUAUAAUGCAGAGAUCUUUGAGUAUAAGGAAAGAAAUUAACCUAAAAAAGGACCUCAGGUUACAUUUGGAGUUUGAUGGCUCAGAUCAGAUGAUCAUAAAUCAUAAUCUUGCCACUUAAGGAAGUGGAUUCAGUCCAUUCUUUAUUCUAAUGAUUCAUUCAUUAUUACUUUGGUUAACUUUGGAGCAUAUCUACAAUUAAGAUGGCAUUUAUUUGCCUCUUGAUCUUAUUAACUCAUGAUUUGCCAUUUUAUUUGGAAGAGGUCAAUAAUCAAUGCAUAUUUGGGUUGACUUUGAAUUGGCACUU